CUCGGCUCUGCGGCGACAGGUCUGCUGAGGCGGCGCGCGACCUGCGCUGACCUAACGUCUACUGACCCGGCCCGGCCCACGGCACAGGGGCAAUGAGGCACAGCACGCGGCAGCUGCUGCUACUGGCAGCGGUCAUAGCGGCGUCGGCAGCGGUGCCCGAAGCUCAGGGCUUAUGGCACAGGGCUCCGAACAGAGGCACGCACCAGCGGGCGGCCUUCCCGAGUCCCGACUUCAACGACUGGCAGCCCAUCGGGCCGGGCGACCCGCUUAAGAACGACCCGACCUUCCAGUACGCGCCGCCGGUGCUGGCCCGCGAGCCGGCGCACCGCGGCGGCUGGCCCAUCCGCACGCGCAACCCGCCCGUGCGCGUCGUGCAGCUGAACGAGGCGACCCGCCGUCGCGACGGUCCGCUCGGCGCGCCGUUCUUCCAGUUCCGGCGGCGGCCGGCGCCGCAGACGCAGCUGCGCCCGCCGCGGCCCGGCGGCGGGCUCAGCUACAUCUCAGGCCCGCAGUUCGGCGCGCCGGCCGACGAGCGACGCCAGGAGUUCGGUCCUGGCUACGAGGAGGAGGCGGAGCCGACGCGUCUCUUCGCCGGCCAGAGCAACUUCGAGCCGCAGAGGGAGUUUGUGCCGCAGCGGGACACCUUCCAAGAGGGCGGAUUUGACGAGGAGCGCUACGAGGAGCGGCCGAGCUUCCAGGAGCCGCAGGGCUUCCAGGAGCAGGAGCGGUUUGACGAGCAGCCGACGUUCGAGGGCCAGCAGAACUUCCAGGAGCAGCCGAGCUUCACGGAGGAGCAGCGCUUCCAGCCACCGGUCAGGGUGGAGCAACCGCGUCCUCAGGUCUUCCCGCAGCCGCAGCAGCAGCUGCAGCCGAGCUCAGAGCCGCAGGCGCCCACGUUCGGCGCCAAGCGGGAGCCGGAGCCGGCGACGGAGCAGGAGACACUGCCGGAAGCGUUCGUCCGGUUCCCGCCGCCGCCGGGCGCGGAGCAGACGUUCGUUCGGCCGGUGUCGCUCGACGAGUCACCGCUUGUGGAGACCACGCCUCCGAAGCGGCUGACGAUUCGUCCGCCGCCGGAGGUCAGCACGACCACCGAGCGUGUGGAGGUGACGACGCGUCGCCGGCCGCCGCCGCCGAGCCGACGCGCGCGGCCGGACGUCUCACGCCGUCCGCCGCCGAGCACUGAGGGGACGCCUGGGCCGUCCACCGCCACCGCGACCACGUCCACUGCCGCGGCCACGUCCACCGCCGCGGCCACGUCCACUGCUGCGGCCACCCAGUCCACCGCCGCAACAACGACGACCACCACCACCACUACCACCGUCGCCGCCACGGAGCGCGCCGAGACCUCCACAUCCGCGCGGACCACCCCGGCCGAGACCACCACGAAGGCGACGACGACGACGCGGCGGCGCCAGCCAACGACCACCACGCGUCGCGUGACGACGACAGAGCGGACGACGACCGCCGAGCAGCGCCGGCCGUCCACCGAGAGGAGCCCGCCCGGAGAUGAUCGAUCGCGUGUGCCGCUCGCCAGCCUGCUGAGCAAGCGUCCGCGGCCCGACCUCAACCGCUUCUCGUCGCGACCACAGCGACCGCGGCCGUCACUCUUCCGGCGCACGACUACGCGGCGACCGGCGACCACGCGGCGACCGGGGAUCACACGGCGACCGGCGACCACGCGGCGACCGGCGACCACGCGCCGACCGGUGACGACGUCCGAGGACCGCCGCAAGCUCGUAAACCGGCUCAUCAGCGCCGAGCGGCGGCCGACGCGGCGCCCGCGGCCACCGAGGCCUUCGCGGCCGUCGACCGUGCGAGGGACGACACCUCGCACGUCUAGCAGCGCGGCCACCACGCCGGCGCCGCGGCCGACGCGUCCGCGGGCGCCCGUGCGACUGGACAGCCCCUGGUACAACCCGGCGCCGGCGCCGUUCCCUGUGGAGCAGGCGCAGUCGGCCUCCAAGGCCCCCUACGUGCACCAGAGCGGCUACUCCAAGAUAAAAAUGUUCGGCAUCAACGUGGGCGACAAGAGUGGCUUGAAGAAGCCGGGGAAGAAGUUCAAGAAGCCCAUCUACCCGAUCCGCAUCGAGAACACGGUGAAGAGCGAGCCGAAGACGACGACGUCCGCACCGACGACUAGGCCCACCACGGCGGCGACCAAGCCGACGCCGACAACGACCGCGCCGCCGCCCCGCACCGUUCAGCCCAGCACCACGACCACGCUGUCGCCGCCAUCGACGACGUCCCGUACCGCGGCCAGCGCGCCGGAGAAGAUUUUGACUGCGGAGGCCGGCGUCCAAGAAGGCGGGGUGGACGCGAUGGAGCAGAUCGACUACGAGGCGUCCGGAGAAGGUGGGCUCGAGUACUACGACGAGCUGGCGGCGUCGGCGGACCUGACGUACGGCGGGGCGAUCGACCCGCGCCGACCGUUCGAGCCGGCCGUCGCACCGGCGCCGCUUGAGUUCGACGCCGAGUCGUACGGCGUGCCCGAGUACGAGCCGGCGCCGCCGCCCGUGCACGCCUUCCAGCCGGCCUCGGCGCCCGUGAACGCGGUUCACUCCGUGGCGCAUCCCGCGCCGCCGCCGCCGUCGCCGCCUCCGGCGGUAAAGCUGUCGUUCCAGCCGUCCCCACCGACAGCAGCGGUGCGCCAGCCGCCGUCACCCGCACGCCCGCAGCCGAGCCGACCGGGGCCGGAGGAGUCGCGACCGGAGCCAGAGCAGGGUCGACCGGAACCAGCGCGGCCGGCGCCUGGCCGCCCGGAGGCGGGUCCGCCGGCUACGGGCCCGCAGGGAGGCGCGCGGCCGCCGCGGCCCCGGCCCGGCGUCGCCUCCUCCUGGAUGACCGGCUUGCUCUCCAGCCUGUUCGGCGACAGACCCAAAGAGCAGCCGGAGACGCCGCGGUCCGGCCCGGCGCCGGCCGCCGCCGCCCGGCCCGUCUUCUUCACCAAGCGUCAGAAGUCCACCGAGGAACGCUCGGACCGCGCCGAGGUGUCACACCCGUUCGAGUACGUGCAGGCGUUGGAGCAGUUCCAGGAGAGGCUGCCGCCGCCCGAGAUGGUCGCGCACCCCACAAGCCAGCCGAAAAUCGUGCCGACGCGCAUGCCGGCGCAGUAG